AAACUGAAACAAUCGAUGAAUCAAAUCAAAAUGAAAAUAUUGAUGAAUCUAUUGAAAAUAUUAAAUCUGAAAAAGAUGAUAUCAGCCCAACAACAACAGAUGAUGUAAUCAUACCGACCGUAGAAGAAUCGAAUGACGAUGUUAAUGAUGAUGUUGAUGAUUCAACGUUAAUAGUGAAAAAAGAAUCAAAAACCUAUGCAACAAAAAAUAAUAUACCAAAAUCGGAACAAUAUUCGCAACAAUCAAAAUCAACAAGAAUGAUUACACGUUCUAUAAGUCGUCAAUCUAUUCAAUUGGAAAUGGUUGAUUCAAAAGAAUCUUUAAAUUUAUCCAAAUCCGUUAGCUUUAUCGAUUUAAUCGAUUCAAUUGAAAAUGAUAAUCAACCAACGACUAUAGUUGAAAAACAAAUUGAUCAACAACAGCUGGUUGAUGAUGAUGAUGAUGAUAUUGAAAAGCAAUCUAAAGAACAGGUAGAAGAUUUAGAACAAGAAAAUAAUCAAAAUGACUCAAAAACCGAAACGAAUUUGGAACAAGAAAUUUCGAUUGAUAAUAAAUCAGGAACAAUGAUUAAUGAAAAACCAACGGUAAUUAAUCAACGAUCAAAACAACCAAAAACCAAUGAUGAUACUCAGCAACCAAAAGAAAUUAUAAAGGAUAAUAAAAAACGUGAAAAAUCACAAUCAAAAGAUACGGAAGAAUUCAAUAUUAUCACUAGAUCGACUAGUAAGAAAAUAGCUAAACAAACAAAAUCACCACCACCGCUUCCACCACCACCAGUUGUUGAUGUAAUUCCGACCAGAUCAAAUCAUCGAUCAAAAAGCAUGUCGUUGGAAACUAAAAUAACAUCAUCUCCGACAGUAUCAUCAUCAUCAACUUCAACAACAACAACAACAACAUCGAUUUCGGAUACAAAAGAAAUUGACAUUAUUAUGGCAAGAAAAUUACGAAAUAUUGUUAAAUCGAUUGGAAAACAUGAUUAUUUUGAUUAUAUAAAACGAUCACAAUCAUCAUCAUUAUCAUCAUUGAAUGAUGUAAUUGAAAAACCAAUCAAUAUUGAAAAUAUAAUGAUUGAAAUU